AUGUUGGGUGAUGGGAAAACGAAGCUUACCGCGGCAUCACCAAACGAUAUUACCUUCGUCACAGCACGAGCGAGGGACAAGGAUGUUUCGUUCAAGCCUGAAGGAGAUGGUGAUGUCACCAUCGGGGAGGUAGUCGUGGUCAACGUCAAUGUCGAGGUCAGGGUGCCUUGCGAAACAACACUGGAGCUUGGAAAAGACACGGAUGCGGUAGUGUCUGUCUGGAUGCUCAAGGUACCAUUAGACGAUGUCAAGCUGCUGGCCAAGGAGCUCGAGUCAACAGUAGAGGUCGUUGUCGUAACCGAAAUCAACAGCGCAGAGGAGGUCGUCGAGUUUCUACUCAUUGAAGACGAAGAGUUUGUACUGAGAAACAGUGUGGGGAAACCAAUUGAGGUACUUGGAACCAGUAUGCUGGUCAAAGAUGUACUAAAAGACUCCAACGAUGGCGUAGAGCUUGAAGUAAGAACUGAAGUGUGUGAAGAAGUAGAUGGUACAGAGAGUGACAGAGUGAAGUCUGUCGGUAGUGUGAUCGAGGAGCUUUCUACGCUGUUGGUGAGGACUGGAUUUAGACUGGUUGGAGUCAAGCUGCUUGAUAAGAUGCCGGAAGUUGUAACCAGCGAUGAAGUAAGACUCCUUGAUGAUGUGACUGAAGAACUGCCUAUACUGCUAGUCAGGCUCAGACUUGCACCGAGUCGACUUGAAGUGCUUGACGAUACGCCGACAGAAAGAGACGAUCCUGGAGAAGGCUUUGGUAGCGACACAGUGAAGCCAUCGCUCCGCGUAGGAGAGAGUACCGAAGAGCUGCCAACAAUCGUUGUGCCCGUGGAAACCGUGGUCAAGCCAUCCGAUAGACUUGCCAUCAACGUUGUAGGAGCACUCGAAGUCAAUAGUAGACUAGACUCAAGAAUAGGCUGCGAAGAUAUGCCUCCUGAUAUACUCAAAGGUAGAUUUGGAUUCAGACUAGAUAGACUGCUCGACAGGACGACAGACGAGAGGCUAGUACUUGAGGGCGUAGAGAACGUGGAGGGCAAAAGAAAGGUGGAUAGCCUAGUGACGGUGGUAGAGAGUCCACUGCUGAUUGUGACAACGGUAGUCGAUACGAAAUACGAUGGAUAUGGUCUCUGUGGUUGGUUGAUCGGUCGGCGUAAGCUUGACGUCUCAGACGAUGUUGGGCCGAACAGAGGCAGACUUACAGACGAUAAAGCCAACGAAGAAGGUAAGGGACUGCUUCCAGAGACACUAGUACCAACCGACGAUCGAAGUGUCGAGCCAGAGGUCAGUGACGAUGUGAAUGUUGUGUCUGAUCCAGGGGUAGAAGGGCCAGGUAUAGACAGCGCACUGGUAGUUGAUGUCUGCGUUGAUGAUACAGUGGCAGCACCAGAGGAAGAUGUCACUGUGAUCGACAACGAAGAAACAAGAGGUGUAGUAUCCGCAGUUUGGGUAACGAGAGUACUGAAACGACUAGGCGGCGCGAUGCUGUUGAGCCAUUCUGUCGUGCCGUUGAUGACGGAGAAGUAG